AUGUUGGACCCAGAUAUUUCAAAUGCUUUAGCUGCCAAAUAUAUUGCAGUUCCACUUAUGUUCCCUAUACACCAAAUAUCUGUCAAAGACUUUGCAGGUGAAGUUGGAAACCAAAAUCCAGGAGCCGAAGGUGCAAGAACAGAUAUUGCUUUAACAACUGCAAUGAAACAUGCAGAUACUAUGUUUGUACUGUUCAGACGAACUAUAAAUGACUAUUCUUGUUUCUACAACCCUGGUAUUAAAUAUCAUAUAAACAUAGAUGGCAAAUAUUAUCCAAGAGAAGAAUAUUCUACAGUUGAGGAUAUGAGGUCAUACAACUUGACAUUAGAUGCUAUGAAC